CUCAUAAAGGACAAAAACCCAAAAAACAUGGGUAUGGUGGCAAGUGCUGGGUGGCCUAUACCGGCCCUCAGAAAGCAGUGACAUCUGUCUCCUGCCAAGUCCCUCAGAUGGGGACAGCUGGGGCCUAGUAACCUGAACCCCCAGCACCCUCCCCCCUGUUGUAUUUAUAGCCCUGGCCUGUUCCCCUGCCCCCAGAUCUGAGUUCCAGGGACAGGAGGUCAUGGGGUGUUGGGGACAGGACUCCUUCACUGUCUUUCACAGCCUCUGCAUGACAUCCACUCUGACACCAACUGUCCCAUUCCGGCUGCGCAUUCUUCACAAUUCUUGCAUUGCAGAGGUCCCCCUGCUCCUAUACAGACUCCUCCUCUCCCAGCGCCCCAGGCUUUUCCAGCAUAACACUCCAAAAGUCUAGCCUUUGUGUGAAAGAUACCAAACUUGAGCUUGCAAGUCCCUGCCCCUUCCUGGCCAUGAAGACCCCUCCACCACCCAGUCCUGAGCCAGAGGAGCAGGAGGGGAGGGGCAGGCAGGGAGAGAGACCAGAAUAACUUAGGCUGAGGAUAAAUUUAGCCACAAGGAGGGGAGGGGACAGACCCCAUUGGCCCAGCAGUGGGAAGGGAGGUCCUGGAACUAGGGUCAUAGCUCCAAAGGGGACAUCCUCAGAGGGGCAUCCAAGACCUGAGGAAGACAGACAGAGAGUAGGAGAGAUACUACAAAAGAGAGACAACCUAAGAGUCAAAGCAAAAAGGCAUAAGGACCCACCAGAGGCAGCUGGAGCCACGCCUGGUAGAAGUUCAGCUGCUAAACGUCCCCAUGGGCUUCCAGGGGCCAUGGUUGCGUUCUUGUCUCCUUUGGGCCACAGCGACCACCCUUCUGGUCCCUCCAGUGGUGGCCCAGGAGCUGAGAGGGGCUGGGCUGGGUCUUGGCAACUGGAACAACAAUGCAGGCAUCCCUGGGUCCCCAGAGGACAUGUCAACUGAGUUUGGCCACCACAUCCACAGCCAUGGGGGCCACCAAGGUGAGAAGGACAAAGAUCACAGAGGAGAGGAAGAAGAUUUCUCCAGGGAAUAUGACCAACAGCUCCAAGACCACAGGUACCCUGGCCAUGAGGCUGGAGAGGAGAAUGUGUCUGAAGAGGUCUUCAGAGGGCGUGUUAGGCCAGUGCAUGGGCAUGGAGACCAUGACAAUGGAGAUUUAGGGGACUCAGAAGAGCCUGGGAACCACUUCUCAAGAAAGAGGAACCACAACCAUAAAGAUGAGGAUGAGGAUGGCAUUGUCUCCAGGGAGUAUCACCAUCACAUCACCAGGCAUGUCCACGGAGGGGAAGAUGAUGAUGGAGAAGAGGAAGAGAGGGUGGAUGUGGAGGAAGACUCAGAUGAUAAGGUCCACUCAAAGGAAGGAGAUGAGGAGGAUUCAGAUGAACUCCAUCAUGCACACAGACACAGGCACCAAGGCCACAAAGAUGAAGAUGGUGAUGAAGAUGGUGACUCUGCUGGGUAUGGACACCAAGCUAAUAGACAUCAGCACCAUGAAGAGGAAGACAAUGGUGACUUAGCUGAAGACAAUCAUGCCCACAGCCACAGACUUCGAGGCCAAGAAGAUGAAGAUGAUGAUGAAGAUUAUGACUCCAGUGAAUAUGGACACCAGGCACAGAACCACCAAGGCCAUGAAGAAGAAGAAGAAGAAGAAGAAGAAGAAGAAGAAGACUCCACUGAGCACCAGAUCCAAGGCCACAGGAAGGAAGAUGAGGAUGUGUCAGCUGGAGAUCAUUUUCAUGUCUCCAGGCAUGGACACGGAAGCCAUGAAGAUGAUGAUGAUGAUGAUGGUGAUGAUGGUGGUGAUGAUGACUCCACUGAGCAUGUGCACCAAGCCCACAGACACAGAGGCCAUCAGAAGAAAGAUGAUGAGGAUGAUUCAGAUGAGGACUACCAUCAUGUUCCCAGCCAUGGCCGCCAAAGCCACCAAGAUGAGGAUGACGAAGAUGAGGCUGUAUCCACUGAACAUUGGCACCAGUCUCCCAGACAUGCUCACCAUGGUCUUGGACGUGAGAACAGAGGAGAGGAAACGAGAAUAAAGUUCAGCCACCAUGUUGCAAGCCACCAACCCCAAGGCCACAGUUCUGACAAGGAGGAGGACUUCCUAGAAGAUGAUAUGGCAGAAGUCCCUGGCCAUCACCACCACAGAGCUUCCAGGGAUGCAGAUGAGGACAUUUCUGCUGAGUUUGGCCAUAAGGACCCCAGCCACGGGCUACAAGAUCAAGAUGAAUGGACCAGGCAGGGACACAUAGAAUCUGUCCAAGCUGAGACUGGUCAUCAGCCCCCACAGCCUAUGGGGGCUGCUUCUGGAGAAUCAGGGAAGGAAGAUGACCACACCUCUCAAGAAGAUGAAGACUUAGUGCAGAGAGAAGAAACCCACAGUGAGGAGGAGGAGGAAGAGGAGGAGGGUCAUGGCCUCCCCAUGAGCCAGGAAGAAGAGGAAGAGGAAGAAAAUGAUGAGAAAGAAAGCAGGAGAGACAGGGCUGAGGUUUCAACUCCACUGAGCCACCACAGGAAGCAGAAGGAGGAGGAUGGGGAUGAGGACGAGGACGAGGAUGAGGAGAUCCUGGAAGAAAACCUGCUACCUUUCACCAUCAUCCCAAACCCACUGGCUGGGAGGGAGGUAUCCAGAGAAGGUUCCAGUGAGGAGGAGAGCCAUGAGGUCACAGGUCAGCAGGAUGCCCAGGAGUAUGAGAACUACCAGCCAGGGUCCUUGUGUGGCUAUUGCUCUUUCUGCAAUCGAUGUACUGAAUGUGAGAGCUGUCACUGUGAUGAGGAGAACAUGGGGGAACACUGUGACCAAUGUCAGCACUGCCAGUUCUGCUACCUCUGCCCUCUGGUCUGUGAAACCCUCUGCACUCCAGGAAGCUACAUCGACUACGUCUCCUCCUCCCUGUAUCAAGCCCUGGCUGACAUGCUGGAGACUCCAGAGCCCUGAUCUGGCCACCUCACAGGAGCUGCGUCUAUUUCUCUGAAUAAAUGUGCUCCUGGAAGCACCAGUGUCCGGCGUGGAGU